UAAUUUUUUUUUAUUUUUGCAUAUUUAUUUACAUUCGCAUAUUCAGAAAAAAGAUACAUAUCAAACAUCAAAGAUACAUAUAGCAUAUCAGGAACAUUAAAUAAUAUGAGAGGCCUCCUUUAUAUAACUAUAAUAACGCUGCAUAAUGACAGCUAUUUAAAAAAUAAAAUCUACGUGUCACAUCUUAUAAACAUACCUACAAGAAUUGCGAACAAAGUCCGCAACGUUUUUCCAUAUUUUUUAGCAUCUUAUUUAUAGCAUCUUUAUUAGCAGUUAUUUCCCAAUAAUCUUCCAGCAUCCAGUCAUUUCUAACGUCAAUAAGUAUGCAGGUAGUUUGUUUGUGUCUCAUAUGGAAAUAUUUUCUAUUUAUUAUUCAUACGCCAUCGUUACGAGCCCAUUGGGAAAGAUGUUCGCAAGAAAGAGGUACAUAUUUUUUUUUUUAUUAUACAGCAGUAAUGUCUUCGAGAAUUUUAUUACUUAUCCUUUGGUCCAUAGCAGACGUAAUAGUAGUCCGUCGUUUCAACAGGGAUACUGUCCAUAAUUUGGUACUCGGUUCAAAAUCAUGCAUUAUUCACAUCACAUCGACAAUAAUAAGGUACGAUACAUCAUGCAAUCGUCCACGCGAGAGAGGAAGAAAGGAGAGGAGCGAAAAGAAAAAGAAAUCGAUGACAGCGAUCGAUGCAACAUUGGAGUAGAGUGCAUCUCGACGAGCGAGGAGGCAUCUCGGUAGAGCGAAUUCAUUACGCGAAAAAUUACGGGAAGGAAGAUGACGCGAUCUCCGGUGCGAAAGUCCAGCUCUCCGAAUGUCCGCGUCUCUCUCUCUCUCUCUCUUGGACUUUGUGCACAUUACUCCGCUCUGUGUUCACACAAUUCAUCAUUCGCUUAUCUGUCAAUGCAGCGGGCGUUUAAGGAGGACACAGUCUAAAUACGAUCUUCCUCCUCCCCCCCCCGCCCUCCGAUGAAAAUUUCGUUGCGCGCGCGUCUGUCUCAAUAUCAAGUGAAAAGCCCCUUCCUCGAGCGUGCGAUUCUUCAUCGUGGGCGCGGAAAACACGUAACGAUAACGAGCGAUGUGUUUUCUACGAUCGACGGCGCUGAUUCGUCCCGGGCACCGACUAUCUUCCUUUGUUUCCCGACCAACGCGUUCAAGUGCGUAUCGCCGUAUCGUCGUUGUUCAAACGAUCCCGCCGUAUCGUGCGAAACGCGACUCCGCGUUCCGUUCUCGUUUUCCGCCGUCCGGUCAUCCCGCGCACGGAAUUUGCAAAAUUGACGAAAAUCAGCGGCGAGGAAAGCGUGCGAUCGUCUGUCGAACAUUCGACAUUCCUCUCGUUCGCAGUCGGCGGCUUUCGAUUGUCAAUCGACUGACACCUGCUACCUAUCGUUUGGGUUGACGCAGAUGAGCGUUCGAGCAUAAUCGGCCGCUAUCGCUCGAUCGGUUCGCACAAAGCGCGCACAACGAUGGAGGUAUUGAUGCACGAGGCGAGCAACCGGCGGGAAAACGGCACAGACGCACUGGUCUGUAUAGCCGAGCCUUCGAGAUUCGCGUCCAACGAGAAGCGAGAGGACGUCGACAUGGCGCCCAAUGUCGCCAGCGUCGAUGGCAAGGAAUCGGUCGACAUCAUCUUCGAGAACAUCACCUACACCGUCAGCCUCGGUUUCAGAAAAGGGGAGAAAGAGAUCUUACAUGGGAUUAACGGGAGGCUGCCUAGCAAACAGUUGAGCGCUUUGAUGGGACCAUCCGGCGCGGGGAAAUCCACGUUACUCGACGUUUUGUCGGGUUUUCGCGUCUCAGGGGUGGACGGUGUCGUAUACGUCAAUGGCCGCGUUCGGCAUCUUAAUACCUUUCGAAAAUGCAGCGCGUACAUCACGCAAGACGAUCGAUUGGAGCCCCUGCUCACCGUGAUCGAGAACAUGAGGGUCGCCGCCGAUUUAAAGCUGCCAUCGAGCACGCCGAAGCACAAGAAGGAGAUGAUCAUUGAAGAUAUUCUCACGACACUUGGCUUGUACGAACACAUGUAUACUAGGUCCGAUCGAUUAAGCGGCGGCCAAAAGAAACGACUUUCUAUCGCAUUGGAAUUAGUUAAUAAUCCUACAGUGAUGUUCCUCGACGAGCCCACAACAGGCUUGGACAGUUCAUCUUGCAUGCAAGUCGUAAACUUGCUGAAAAUAUUGGCGCGACAGGGAAGGACAAUAGUUUGCACCAUUCAUCAGCCCAGUGCGUCCUUGUUUCAAUUGUUCGACCAGGUAUAUGUAUUAGCAGAGGGAGACUGUCUGUAUCAAGGAGCAACGAAUAAGCUUGUGCCGUAUUUGACACAUAUGAAAUUACCGUGUCCCAUGUAUCACAAUCCGGCAGAUUAUAUAAUCGAGCUUGCCUGUGGCGAAUAUGGUGAGGAUAAGAUUGAGAUAUUGAUAAAGGGAUCGCAAAAUGGAAGAAAUUUGCAAUGGUUUGACAAUCCAGAAGCUCUGAGAGAUGCUAAAAGCUUAAGAGCGGCGCAUCCUCUGAGGGAUAUGACGGACGAAAACAGCAGCUUACACGCGACAAAUCUCGUUCAUCAGAUCAAAAUCUUGCUGAGGAGAGGCUUUAUCAUGUGUAAACGAGAUACGACACUGACGCAUCUGCGCAUCGGAGUUAACAUAAUCGUCGGCAUAAUGUUGGGCCUGGUUUUCCUGCGAUCCGGCGCCGAUGGCUCCCGCGUAUUGGACAACUACAAUCUCCUCUUCUCAAUUCUGAUCCACCACAUGAUGACGACGAUGAUGCUCACGAUAGUGACCUUCCCGACGCAGAUGUCCAUCCUCCUAAAGGAGCACUUUAACAGAUGGUACAGCCUGAAGGCUUUUUACACAUCGAUAACGAUAAUCGAUGUGCCACUUUCGAUAGUAUGCUGCAUACUUUUUUCACUGAUCGUCUACUUCAUGACGGCGCAGCCGUUGGAGAUCGUUCGAUUUUCUAUGUUUCUGGCCAUUAGCUUGCUGAUAAUGUUCAUAGGGCAAGGUACAGGUCUCAUGAUUGGCGCGGUGUUCAAUGUCGUGAAUGGUACAUUUAUGGGGCCAACGAUAUCAGUACCACUAAUGAUGUUCGCCGGCUUCGGUGUUUCAUUACGUGAUUUACCAAAUUAUCUCAAGUGGGGUAGUUACCUCUCUUAUUUACGAUAUGGUUUAGAAGGAUACGUCGGAGCCAUCUACGGCCUGGACAGACCCAUUCUAGAAUGCAAAGAGAAGGCCGAGUUGUACUGCCACUAUAAAUAUACCUCCAAAUUUCUCUCAGACAUCGCCAUGAGGGGAGACCAAUUCUGGAACGACAUUAUCGCCCUCACUACGAUUCUCCUCAUCACACGAUGCUGCGCGUAUAUACUUUUACGAUGGAAGCUCGUAUCAUAUCGAUAA